UCGUUUGGGUCAACAAGUCAACAAAACAAAAACUCUCUCUUCUCUAUCCCUAUCUCUCUCUCUAGAUUCUCUCAUUUAGCUCUUUCUGGAAUCUCUUGAGAUUCUUGAGAAUGGCGUCGACGACGACAUGCGCGAGGGAGGUGCACUACAGAGGAGUAAGGAAGAGACCGUGGGGCCGUUACGCGGCAGAGAUUAGAGAUCCUUGGAAGAAAACUAGGGUUUGGCUUGGAACUUUCGACACUCCCGAAGAAGCUGCUCUCGCUUACGACGGCGCCGCCCGUUUCCUCCGUGGUAUCAAAGCUAAGACUAACUUCCCUCCUCCUCUCUCUCUCAACCUCAACCUCAACCUCAACGACUUUCCUCCCGCUCCCUCCGCGGAUAACCACCACAGCCAACACCACUGGUUCCCUGCUCCUCUCUCUAUCACCGACAAUCACCACCACCACCGAGUCUUUCUCCGAACUGGAGUGCUCAACGAUAAAACCUCCGAUUUCUCCUCUACAGAAGCAGCGCCGCUUUACUUCGCCAACUCGCCUGACGUUGCCACGUCAUCGUCUCGAGUGUUUGAGUUUCCGAUAAUGAGUUCUUCUCCUUCCUCCUCCUCCUCCGCAACGGCAAGACGUGGCUUAGCCAUUGAUCUUAACGAGCCGCCGCCGCUUUGGUUGUAAAACAUACAGAUGAAACGGAGACAACGGCGCCGUUUGAGCACUUUCGGUGGAACUAUUAUUGUUUUAACUUUUAAUUUCUUUUUUAGCAAAUAUCUUUUCUUAGAGUAGUAUGAGUAGUUUCCUUUUCAACUUGUCUUUUUCUUUUUGGUUAUGUAAGAGAUGGAGAUUUGUUAAUUGAUCCAUGUUGCGGGAAAAAAGAAGCUCU